UGUGUGUGUGUGUGUGUGUGUAGUUGAACUCUUCCUGGUUCAGGUCUGUUGUGAUCUCCGGCUUCAGUCUCAGUCGUUAUUUCUCCGGUUUCACCCUCAGAUCAAACCGCUGACUCACCAUGUCAAUAAACCAGCAGCCGGACCUUUAAACCACCAGGUUUGUCUGUUAACUAGCAGCGACUCGGUGGUUAGUUAGCCGACUGCUAGCUGUAGGAGCCCUGUCAUUAACAGGCAUGUGGGCGUCCUGCUGUAACUGGUUGUGUAUGGACUCGGCUGAUGCUGAACAGUCUGGUGGGGGCGAGCGCCGUCACCAGUCCUACACGAACUCAGCCUUCACCAAUCAGCCUUCUCCGACCCCACCUGAACACACCUGUAAGGCCUGCGGGGGGCGCUUCGACACACCUGCCAAGAAGCAUGUGUGUGUCGACUGUAAGAAGAACUACUGCAGCCGUUGCUCCGCCCAGCUGGAGCCCCGCCCCCGCCUCUGUCAUACCUGUCAGCGUUUUUAUGGCAACCUGCUGGAGCGGGCGGAGCUUAUGAAGCUGAAGGUGAAGGAGCUGAGAGACUACCUGCACCUGCACGAGGUCUCCACCCACCUGUGCAGAGAGAAGGAGGAGCUGGUGGAGCUGGUCCUGGGUCAGCAGUCCUCACCAUCCAGCACCUCAGCCCCCGAGACGCCGAGUCCUGACCCUCCCUCUGUGACCUCAGACCCCCCUGACCCGACUCCUCACAUUUCCAGCUUGACCCCAGACCCCCCGACACCCGCCCCGAUCCUGAACCCCGACCCUCCUGCUGCGCAACCUGAAGCCACGGCCCCUCCUACAGAGACCGCCUCCGCCGAGACCGAUGUUCAGGACGACGACCAGACCUGGGACCCUGAGGAGGCCCCGGUCUCGGGUCGUAGGGCGUCUCUGUCGGACCUGAACAGUCCGGAUGACAUCGAGGCUCUGAGCGUCCGACAGCUGAAGGAAAUCCUCGCCAGGAACUUCGUCAACUACAAAGGCUGCUGCGAGAAGUGGGAGCUGAUGGAGAGAGUGACCCGGCUGUACCAGGACCAGCAGAACCUCCUGGCUGCCAACGCUGUGAACGCCUCAGAGUCCGGUGGCGGCGCUGCAGGUCUGGAGGAGAACCUCUGUAAGAUCUGCAUGGACUCUCCCAUCGACUGCGUCCUGCUGGAGUGUGGUCACAUGAUCACCUGCACCAAGUGUGGCAAGAGGAUGAGCGAGUGUCCCAUCUGCCGCCAGUACGUCGUCCGAGCCGUCCACGUCUUCAGGUCCUGAACGCACCAAGACUCCAAACCAGGACCAACUAUCCUCAAAGCAAUAAACUGCAAACCAAUCCUCCUAAAGGGACCCUCUACAGGAACAGAAUGCUUUUAUUUUGGUAACUCUAUUUUUCUAGUGUAAAUAAGACGAAUGUAAGAAGUGACCUUAUCUGACCUUCAGACUGCGGAGCUGCUGUUUGGACUCUGAAUGUACGGACUGAGGUGGAUCAAGAACCAAGACCCAGGACCCCUCUGUGCCUUCACCACCUUCACUGUUCUUAUUUCAACCUGUCGUUUGUUUACAGUCCACAGAGUUUACACUGUAAAAAUAAGAGCAGUUAAAACAGCAGGGCGCAGGCUACAGCACCUGUUUUCUGUGAAGCUUUUACUUCCUGCUUUAACUGCAUCAAAGUCAUGAUUGGCUGAACUGUCCUGGUCCUGUUUGGUGUCGGGACCUGCGACGGUUUCCUCCCUCAGACCAAAGCUCCUCUGCCUUCAGAUCUCAGCCUUAUCUUAAACUUUAAACUGGGUCAGACCAGCAGCCAAUCAGAGCCUCACACUGAGUCCCGCCCCUGGCCUCAGGUGAUUGGUCAGGAGGUUCAGGUGAACAUGUUCACACAUUAACAUUUGUCAUUGUCCCUUCAGAUCCUCGAUGUCACAAACUGAAAAGAGAGAUUUAAACUCAGAACCAGAUCAGAACCACAACUCACACAGCGUCUGUCACUGUGUACUUAAAGGAAAACUCUGGUGUUUUUGAACCUUAUUUUCCAUGUUUUUGGGUGUUAAUGAUUGAAUCUUUGGACUUGCUUCUGUAUUUUUAAAGAACAGUUUCUAUCUAUAUCUCUACCAGACUCCAUUGACAAAAACAGGGAUUUAACCAGGAGCUGCUGGAAUACCACUGUUAGUGUGUCUGUGUUACUGUGUGGUAUUCCAGCAGCUCCUGUUAAAUUCCUGUUUUUGUCAAUGGAGUCUGGUAGUGAUAUAUAGAGAUGUUUGUGGUUAAUUAAACAGGUUCUUACUCUUUAAUAAAAAGCUCUGUCUCUGUAGGAAUCCUAUCAUCAUGUUGUCAGACUCUUUCAUAACAAUCGGAGUCUGUCAGAGACAAAAACAAGAACCUUAAUGGACGGACUUUGACAAAACAAAGCUCUGUCCUGUUUCAGUUUGUGUACAGUCACAGUUUAUAACCAGUUCAACCAAACAGUGAUUUUCCCUCCUCUGCUCAGACUGUUUUUAUAUGAAGAAAAACAACAAGGCCUCAUGAUAUGAAAUGAUUCAGUAAUGUCCCCCGGCUCCCAGUCUUCAUGCUAAGCUAACCAUGGACCCACUGAGGCCUGGUCCUUUAUGUUUGUUCUGAGGGUUUCAUGGCUUUACAGAUUUUUAUAUUCUGUGAUUUAAAACGUACUAUUUUUUUAGGCUGAUUCGAGCAUUUUAUUCACAGUUGUCAGAACCUUUAGGGCAAAACAAGUAGAUAAUUACAGAAAGGCUUUAUGUGAGAUAAUAAAACAGCAAUGAUAUUUUUAUAGGUCAGUAGCUUCCCUCUGAACUUUCCUGGAAACUCAUUGUGAGACAAAGUUCUGAGGAAGUUGCUCAGAGUUUAUGUGGUUGUGUUGAGUUUAAACACACUACUUCCUGUAACUUAAAGUGGACCUGUCACUGUACUGGACCUCCGUCUUCUUACCUGACUCUGGGAAAAACCAGAGAACAAGAGGAUUUACCUGAAUCUUGGACCAUACCUGUAAAAUCUAUAGAAACAAAGAGGACGCUUUCCUGAAGAUUUAUUCUCCUUUACCAGCAGACGUGUCUCUGUCUGUCGCUGAACUGAAACUUCAGUAGUGAAACUCUUUGGUUUGAAGUUGAACUUUGUGUCUUAUUAUAACUGAUUGCACUAAUCUGUUGAUGCUGAAGAAUUUUAACUGAUUUGUUUUUUGGUUUAGAGACGAAGACGAUGCAGGAGACAGAUGUCGUCCUUUUUUGUUUUGUUUUUUUGUUUCUGUGAAUCAUUAUGUUUGAUUUUUGCUGUGAAUAUUUUAGGUUUUCUUGUGAGAUGAUGGUUGGUGCUUGAGGUGUUUCUGACUUUGGGAUCACACAGUUCAUCAGUUUUGGGUCGUACAUUAGCAUCAUGCUAGCUCAGCCGUGGUACAUUAACUACGAUGCACUUUGAUUUCUCUGCUACAAUAUGAGUGAAUAACGUGAUAAUCUCAGCACUGUGAGACAUUUAUAUGAUCAAAUUCCAGACAGAAACACACCAUCCUGUUUUAGCUCUUAGCUUCGUUAGCAACACAGCUGGAGGCUAACGUUAGCAUCCAGCAUGUUAAAGCGCCGCAGUGUUAGAUCCUUCUCAGACAUGAAACAAUCUAAUAUUUCCAUAAGGACAGAUUAAAGUCUUUUCCUUCAGAUCCCUCAGAUUUAACUUGUGACCCAUUGGAGGGGCCCCGAGCCCAUGUUGGGAACCUCUGCUUUUAAUGACAGAACACUAGCACUGUGUUAAUCAGAGUUUGAGACGCUCUGUGACGUGAUCUGUUAGAAACAAGAAGCUUUAGUUUUCUGAGUGAACUUUGCUGAAUAAUUUUGUAAUAAAACUGAUUUUCUCUCAGACAUGAA